AUGAUCGCUACAUCAGAACAAAUGCAACCUGAGAAGUUAUCGAAGACUGCCAUCGAUUCUCGUUUGCGAUAUGUCAUUAUCACGACCACGCUAAACGACGACUGUAAGUAUCUGGAAUUAUCGUAUGCGGCUGCCAGUCAAGGCGGUGGUACUGGCAAUCAGCUGUUUGAAUUUAUUUUGUUGAUUGAAAUCGCGAGAACACUCAGCAGCAAUCUGGAGGUCACCAUCGACCGGGUGCGCAAAGACAACCGUGUUCUCUUCGGUUACUUCAUCCAGAGUAUCAGCACCAAUGUCGGUCAAUAA